AUGCUGAUAAGAAGUGUUUAUAAGUUUCACGUGUUGCUCUCUCAAUAUAAAGCUGCAGGAGCGCCCUACAUCGCCACAACAGAACCAGCGCUCGGGUCGGUUCAGUUCAGUGUCGGCAAUACAAUUUCGAACAACGAUUCACUUAUAGUCGAAAUGCCACCGGGAUGCAGAGGCGAAAAGAUGUGUUUUGAAAAAUCUAAGGACUAUCCGAUCGAUAAAAUCAAUAGCCUAUUAAAUAGCAAGGGUUGGGGAAUAGCCGACGCGAUCAGGGUGUUCGGUCAUCGACAAGGUAGCUUCAUGGAAAUCUGCAAAUCUAAGAUACUGCCACCUACACAGGUGUACGAAAUUGAAGACGAGAACGGCAUCAUUCGGUUCGUUGUUCAAGCUGAGAGGUUUAAGCAAAUCGUCAACGUCAUUAAUUGCAGUAACGAAGGAAACAUCACGAGGUCUUCUGAUAUAUACAGGAGAUCUUAUUUCGGAUACGGAGCAUUGAGAAGCUACUACGUGACGUGUAGACAGGUUACCAUUGAUUUCAAGUUCCUGGUGCUCAGUAUAGACGGACAAUCACUCGACACCGCUUCCGUAUACGGAGGACUGCCAGUCUGCUGCUCUUGCUAUGUGGAGAGAAAAAAUAUUAAUCAUUUGAACACAUCGUAUUAAUCAAAUCAUACUAAGGGACGCGAUUU